CAUACACACAAAUACACAUUCACACUCCAUCGUUCUCCUGCGACCACGUGACGUUCCCUCUGUCGAGUCUCGCGGAGAGCAUCAGACUGCACCUUUUCCUCCUCAGGAGAACGGAGAGAAGGAGAGGGGGAGAACGGCAUUGAGUCACAGAGAGAGAGAGAGAGAGAGAGAGAGAGAGCGAGCGAGAGAGAGAGAGAUUGAGCGCGAGAGAGGAAAGGGAAGCUAGAGAGAGUGUGUAUGAGAGAGAGAGCAAUAGCACCUUGUCGCCUGGAGGCGAUCCUAUGAUAGUUUCGUCCCUGUCCGGUAGACCGACUCAGUCUGCCACCAGGCGCGCGCCUGCUCUCUCCUCUCUCGCGAAUUCGGGGGAGAUUCUCCUCAAAUGGAAGGGAAAUCGAUGAGCCGCGCGCGGCACUGUUGCCACGGAACCACAGGAUGCGCGUGAGGUCGCUGGAGAGAGUGAUGACGCGGCAGUGAGAGACACACAUACCUCACUUGCACACACACAUACAUUCGAACACACACAAACACACACAUAUUUUUUUUGCCCACACACACUUUAAGUCUUGCCCUACUAAGAAAGGGAGGAGGGGGAGAAAAUACUGCUAUGACGGUGUCAUUUCUCUCCAUUACCAGUGUGUGAGACACACACACACACACACACACUUGCACUUGUACUCCGUGGGGAAUUGCCUGCAUGGGGGAUAAGGCCCUAUCUAGGGCACAAAGAUGGAGUUCACAUACAAUUUGUCACAUAUCUAACACUCACACAGACGUUCACACAAACACACACACCUGGAAUCUCAUAUGUCAGAAGAUAAGAAUAAAGACUGAAUGGAGAGGAGACACUGAACAUCUCAGAGACGACACAAACAAGAGGCCAAGGGAAAAAAAGAUGUCCAAAGCAUACUGAAAGGAUGGCGGGAGCCGCUGUUUGACCCCCUCCCUUUCCUGGAGCUGAAUCCUAUAGGAGCCAACCUUUGAAAGGAGCACUUGCAAGAUAGAAGGGUCACCUGAGAAACCCAUAAAGAGUUCUUCAAAAGCCCCUACAGUUGUCACCAUGAGCUGUAGGCUAGAGGGAACACCCCAGCUCUAGCCACUAUCUCCUCCCGUGUGUGUGUGUGAGUGUGAGCGUGAGUGUGUGUAUGAGUGUAAUGGCGGUUUGUGUUUGGGCGGCAGCCCCACUGCUCUUCCUGGGGCUCUGCCUGUGCAGCGUGGGGGGCCAGGCCCAAGGUGAGGUCCUGGAGUUUGGAGGCGUUUCCAGCCAGUGGGGGCGGUUCCCAGUAUGGAACGCUUGCUGCGAGAGUGUGCUGAGCUUCAGCCUGCGGACUCACAGCCAGGAGGGCCUGCUGCUCUACCUGGAUGACGAGGGAUUCUGCGACUUUCUGGAGCUGCUGCUUCUCCACGGUCACCUUCGGCUGCGUUUCUCCAUCUUCUGUGCUGAGCCGGCUGAGCUGCAGUCAGGUGUGGCGGUGAGUGAUGGGCGGUGGCACGCAGUGCGUGUCAAGCGGGAUUGGAGGAACACCUCGUUGGAGGUAGAUGGGCGAUUGGAAGGAUGGGCAGAAGUGAAGAGUAAGAGAAGAGACAUGACAGUAUUCAGUCAUACCUACAUGGGCGGGGUGAGCCCAGAGCUACAUUCUUCGCCCCUCCGCCUCACCUCUCCUUCAGUGCGGGAACACCCUGCCUUCCGUGGCUGGAUCACGGCAGUGAGCAUCAACGGCUCACUGGUGACACUAGACGGCUCAGAGGGCGUCACAGUAACAGCUGGCUGUGGCCCAGACCAUCAGUGCCAGAACGGAGGGGUGUGCAAUGUGGUCAACGACCAGGCUGUCUGCGACUGCUCCGACACCGGCUACCAAGGCAAUGACUGCAGCGAAGAGCACAGCUACACUCCAGGUCUGGCACACCUGAUGAUUGGCGACCAAGGAAAGCUCAGAGCUCGCGAGGAGUACGUCGCCACCUUCAAGGGCUCAGAGUACUUUUGCUACGACUUGUCGCCCAACCCCAUCCAGUCUAGCAGUGAUGAAAUAACGCUCUCCUUCAAGACACUGCAGCGCAAUGGCCUCAUGCUGCACACCGGCAAGUCAGCUGACUACGUCAACCUGGCGCUCAAGAAUGGGGCAGUGUCACUUGUCAUCAACCUCGGCUCUGGGGCCUUUGAGGCUUUGGUGGAGCCCGUCAACGGAAAGUUCAACGACAACGCUUGGCAUGACGUCAAGGUCACCCGCAACCUGAGACAGCACUCAGGCAUUGGACACGCUAUGGUGACCAUCUCUGUGGACGGCAUCCUGACCACCACGGGCUACACACAGGAGGACUACACCAUGCUAGGCUCUGAUGACUUCUUCUACGUGGGAGGAAGCCCCAGCACCGCUGACCUGCCUGGUUCUCCAGUCAGCAAUAAUUUCAUGGGAUGUCUGAAAGAGGUGGUGUACAAGAACAACGAUGUACGGUUGGAGCUGUCUAGACUGGCUAAACAGGGAGACCCCAAGAUGAAGGUAAGUGGGGUGGUGUCCUUUAAGUGUGAGAGUGUAGCAACGCUAGACCCCGUGACCUUUGACACCCCAGAGUCUUACGUGGCACUGAGCAAGUGGACAGCGAAGAAGGCGGGAUCCAUCUCAUUUGACUUCAGGACGACAGAGCCCAAUGGGCUGAUGCUUUUCAGCCACGGCAAACCCCGGCAGCAGCAGCGCAAGGAUCCGCGCACACCUCCAACCGUCAAGGUGGACUUUUUUGCUAUUGAGAUGCUUGAUGGACACCUGUACUUACUGCUGGACAUGGGCUCAGGAACCACCAAGACCAAGGCCAUCGACAGAAAGGUCAAUGAUGGAGAAUGGUACCAUGUUGACUUCCAGAGAGACGGACGCUCAGGAACUAUUUCGGUGAACAGUGUAAGAACAGCAUACACGGCCCCGGGAGACAGUGAAAUCCUGGACCUGGAUGACACCUUGUACCUCGGAGGUUUACCUGAGGAUCGUGCUGGACUCAUCUUCCCAACAGAGGUGUGGACGGCGCUGUUGAACUACGGGUACGUAGGCUGCAUCAGAGAUCUAUUUGUGGACGGGCAGAGCAAAGACAUCCGGCGGCUGGCUGAGGCCCAGAGGGCGGUGGGAGUGAAGCCCUCAUGCUCCAGAGAGCCGCCCAAACAGUGCCUGUCCAACCCCUGCCAGCACAACGGUAUCUGCAGGGAGGGCUGGAAUCGCUAUGUGUGUGACUGCUCUGGGACGGGCUACCUGGGACGCUCCUGUGAGAGAGAUGCAACUAUCCUGUCGUACGACGGCAGUAAGUUUAUGAAGGUGCAGUUGCCUGUGGUGAUGCACACCGAGGCGGAGGACGUCUCGCUGCGCUUUCGCUCCCAGCGGGCCUAUGGCGUUCUCAUGGCAACCACUUCCCGUAAUUCCGCAGAUACCCUUCGUUUGGAGCUGGAUGGGGCCCGUGUCCGACUUACUGUCAACCUAGACUGUAUCAGGAUAAACUGUACAGCCAGUAAAGGCCCAGAGACCAUCUUUGCUGGGUCAAACCUCAAUGAUAAUGAGUGGCACACGGUGAGGGUAGUCCGGCGUGGCAAGAGCCUCAAACUCACCGUGGACGACCUGCAGCCUGCUGAAGGUCAGAUGGCGGGUGACCACACCCAGCUGGAGUUCCAUAAUGUGGAGACGGGCAUUGUGACCGAGAAACGCUUCAUGCCUGCCGUGCCCUCCAAUUUCAUCGGCCACCUUCAGGGCCUGACGCUGAACGGCAUGCCCUACAUUGACCUGUGCAAGAACGGCGACAUUGACUACUGCGAGCUCAAUGCUGUUAUCGGUUAUAAGAGCAUUGUGGCCGACCCCGUCACCUUCCGAUCCCGCUCCAGUUUUGUCACCCUGCCCACGCUGCAGGCCUAUUACUCCAUGCAUCUCUUCAUGCAGUUCAAGACGACGUCCCCAGACGGUCUUAUCCUCUUCAACAGAGGAGACGGCAAUGACUUCAUAGUGGUAGAGCUGGUUAAAGGCUACCUUCACUACAUCUCUGACUUGGGAAACGGAGCACACCUCAUUAAGGGCAACUCUAACAGUCCUCUUAAUGACAACCACUGGCACAACGUGCACAUAUCCAGAGACACUAACAAUCUCCACACAGUCAAGAUUGACACCAAAGUCACCACACAGACCACCAUGGGUGCCAAGAACCUUGACCUAAAGGGUGAUCUGUACAUCGGGGGCGUUUCCAAAGAGAUGUACCGAGACCUGCCUAAGCUUGUCCACUCCCGUGAGGGAUUUCAGGGUUGCUUAGCAACAGUCGAUCUAAACGGACGGCUCCCGGACCUUUUGGCUGAUGCCUUGGCAACCAUGGGACAAGUGGAGAGGGGCUGUGAAGGACCCAGCACUACCUGCCAAGAAGACUCCUGCUCAAAUCAGGGAGUUUGUUUGCAGCAGUGGGAGGGCUUCACCUGUGACUGCAGCAUGACUUCAUACGCUGGGCCACUGUGCAACGAUGCUGGAACCACUUAUAUCUUUGCCCGUGAUGGAGGCUUGGUGAUUUACACAUGGCCCCCUAAUGAGCGUCCCAGCACCAGGGCUGACCGGCUUGCCCUCGGGUUCAGCACUCAACAGAAACAUGCCAUUCUGCUUCGGGUGGACAGCGCAUCCGGCCUGGGAGACUACCUUCAGCUGCAGAUAGACAAAGGCAACAUUAGAGUAGUGUUUAAUGUCGGCACUGACGAUAUCAACAUCGAGGAGAGCUCCAAGUUUGUCAACGACGGGAAGUACCACGUAAUUCGGUUCACCCGCAGUGGUGGCAAUGCGACCCUCCAGCUGGACGACCUGCCGGUCAUAGAGCGUUAUCCCUCAGGCAACAUUGAUAACGAGCGCCUGGCCAUCGCCAGACAGCGAAUCCCCUAUCGGCUCGGUCGAGUAGUUGACGAUUGGCUACUCGACAAAGGCCGCCAGUUGACCAUCUUCAACAGCCAGACAACAGUGCGCGUUGGUGGAGGCGAGCGAGGUGCAGCCAUGUUCCAGGGACAGCUGGCUGGCCUUUACUAUAACGGCCUCCGCAUCCUCAACAUGGCCGCUGAGGGGCACCCCCACAUCAAAGUGGAGGGGAGCGCGCGUCUUGUCGGCGAUAUGCCAUCCUCCUCGAUCACCCCGCAGUCUAGCGCUGCGGCCGGAGGCAACCGUUCAGACUCCGCCCCGUCCAUCAGUGACAUCACAACCACCACAGCCACUAACAGGAAGCAGGGUGGAACACCGCAGUCGACAGACGACCUGCUGGUGGCAUCAGCUGAGUGCCCAAGCGAUGAUGAAGACAUUGACCCGUGUGACCCCAGUUCAGCCCGCCCUCCCCUGCCAGAGGUGAAGAUGUUCCCGGGUCCGUCUGAGGUGGUGCGGGAGAGCAGCAGCACUACGGGCAUGGUGGUGGGCAUUGUAGCAGCUGCUGCCCUCUGCAUCCUCAUCCUUCUCUACGCCAUGUACAAGUAUCGCAACCGCGACGAAGGCUCCUACCACGUGGACGAGAGCCGCAACUACAUCAGCAACUCAGCCACACAGCCCAACGGCAGCGCUAAGGACAAGCCGCUGGGCAUCGCCAAGAUCUCUAAAAACAAGAAGAACAAAGACAAGGAGUACUAUGUCUGAGGCGGAUGACUUCUUAAACACAGACAUAUACGCAUACACCUUUAUAUAUAUAACGGUAUAUGUACAUAAAUAGAUAUAUUCUCAAAAAGAAAAAAACACACACAAACACACAUGACAUAGACAUGCUGAUCUUAAUGUUUACUCCCCAAUAAUCACACCUGCACACAUGCUGGCAAGCACAAACAUGCACACAAACGAGCCCAGGCACACACACACUCAAGCACAAACAUACACACACAGACUGGCCUGAGGGCAUGAGCCCUUACUGUACAGUAUUUACCAAUGAGCAGAGCCUCUGCGAGAGGCUUCUUUUAUGAACAUUAACACCAUUCCAAAUGAUUUAGAAAGCACCAGUUCAACUCCCAGUUAAGAACCAUUUUGGGUCAGCCUGAUAAGAAAAAAAAAAGAGACUCCCCUGCCACAGUUGGACCUCUUCAGUUGGACUAAGAGAGGUCAAGGAAGACUUUAAGUGAAGCACAUGGCAGACAGCGUGUUUGCGUGAGAGGCAGAGCACCAGAACAAAGAUGUAAAAGCACCAAGACAAGCACCAAGUGUCUCUCUUCCAAGCUUCUUGGCCUUUCUCCCUGCUAGCAGAUGGGGCUAGAAGAAGCAAUGAGGAUGCUGAGGAAACAAGCACACCAAUGGUCCAAGUCUACCCCCAGACAGCACGGCAGGAAUUCAGGGUGUAGCCAAAGAGAGACAGUGAGUUGCGAGUGGAUAGGCAGCGGCAGGGCUGGUGCACCAUUAAUAUAACGGAUGGGCUGUGGUUGUUACGCUGCAGCGCUGCUGUUUUAUGGCACCCUGAAAAUCACAAAACAGUGUAAUCAGUGAAAAACUGAAAGAUGUUUUCCUGGACAGGAGACUUCAGAUGCUACCUACAGGCACCAGUCUUGCACUGUGGUGUCUUGCACACACACACAUACGUACAUAGACUACAUACAAACACACACAUGGUAAAAUUAAAAAGGAUCUACACAUGCAGACAUACACUUACCUGCAAUGCUAAAAGCGCAGCAUAUCUUCAUAACUGACACUGAAGACUAUACAAGAAGACAUUGGUGAAAAAGACAACGCUCAUAAUGAUAACUGUUAUGGCAACGAUAAUGAUGAAUAUGAGGAACAUUUGGGCAGUAUAGACUCUGGGGAAGGGAGGGGGGGGGAUCUUAUUGCACGUGAAUUAUCUUACUCCGUGUGAUUUAUACCGCGUUGAAACUCCAGAGGUUACAUCGUGACGCACCACCAUCAUAAACUCACCACCUCGGCUUGAAGUAUUUCUGAGUACGCACUUCAAAUGGUUUUUCAGUCUGUGGGAUACAACAAUGAUUUCAGUCGCCAAAUCGACUCUCAGAUCAAAUCUUCAUCGGCAAAGCGUGACCAUCUCGAGUGUGCUGCAUGCCCGAGCUGUGCUGUGGAGUGGUGGCGUGUCCCACUAAGUCCAAAGGUGGUAGGUUUGUCUGCAGGUGGGAAAGGAGGAGGGGGAUGUCGUGGGUUGCCGUCGGACACGUGCGCCCCACGACAGGCCACGUCCUGUUUCCUAGCCUGAUGUCUUACAGGUCACGCCCACUAUACCUACGCUAACCAACCACCUUUUAUAGCAAAAACCAGCUGAGGAAAAGAAAAACAUAACAAAGUAAAUGUUACCAUGUGUUGCUAAUAGAUAGAAAAGUCCAGUUCUUGAUGCCAUUGGCUAUACGACAACUUGAGUUGCUUUGAUUUCAUUGGCUCUCCCUUUUCUCUCUUUCUCUUUGCGUCCUCAUGUAUUCAUUGCUGUUGGUUGACAGAUGAAUCAAUACUCGUGACAUGUCCCAAUACGGGACAGACGGAUGGGUUUCCCAUGGGCAAUGGCGAAUUAUCUGUUUAUGGACUUUUGCAGUGUCUGAGCCCUCUGCAGCUCAAUAAGUGUAGCCCCACAAGAUACAAACAGUGCCAUGACAUGAACAAGCCCCUACAGUUCUUCCAAGCAAUGUAACUAACCAGUCGGAUGCAUGCAAAACAGACCAGGGCAAGGAAGGACAUGAAACAGACUGUGUGUGAGAUUUCAAAGUAUAAAUGUCAAAAUUAACUUAACAUCUCCCCUUAUUCUCGCCAUCCUUAACUGGCCUUUUUGACCUGCCUCUUUCGUGUUUCCCUCUCGUUUACUACGUCUCCCACUCCUCCAUGUCUGUUGCUUUCCUUUACCUCUAUCUCUGUUGUGUUGCCAUCUGAAAACAUAGGAGGCGUCUCAACAAGUGGGAUUAUUCUACAUCUAGGUGUUCAUUAACCAUGUUUAUUUUCUAUAUGUACAAUUUUUCUACAGUAUUUACUUUUAUUUUUAUUGUUACGGUUCUUUGAUGAACAUAAAGUGGAAAUUUAUUAUGAAAAAUAGUUUUGAAGAUUAAUGAGUAAAUAAAAUAUUACCCAAGUGA